AUGGCGCGAAACUCGACGCUCGGCGCUCUCAACCCGUACUUUGUCUGCCGCGUGAUGGUCGUCGUCAUGCUUCUUGCGUCCUCCUCUAUUGCCUACCGUGUGAUACCGGACGGUUUGCCUGUAGUAGGGAGUCGUCGCGCGCGCCAGGUGGCUGGGGCCGCAGUAAAGCCGAGUCAGGCACGCAUCAAGCUCCAACCCUCGCAAUUGCAAGCGCUGCUGGACCUGGACAGAGCAUGGGGUCUGUGGAAGCACAACCUAUCAAGUGUGAUGUGCGAUGAGUGGGCGACAGAGGAUGCAUAUGCGGGCUGUAAUCAAGAUGGGAUGGUUACUUCCCUUUACCUCUCGGGCGUGGGUCUCAAUGGAAGUCUCCCUUGCACCAUCAGUCGCCUCACUGCACUCCAAUCCCUUGCCAUUGGUAUACCUGUGAUGGAUGCUGCGAUGAUUGGUGCACCUUACGAGGUAGAAACACGCAUUCUCUUGGUUCAGUCAUCCAUGAGACCCCCCGUGAUGCAAGGCUCCAUGGACAACCUUUCGUGUCUCGCUCCACUCACUCGCCUUCAGCACCUGUACGCCUCGCUUCAUCCCUGCCCGCUGUCGCCUCCGCUAUCACUCAUCCCUGCCCGCCGUCGCCUCCGCUAUCACUCAUCCCUGCCCGCCUCCCCUCUUGCUCUAUCGGUGCUUUUUCCUCUUCACGGUGUCAAGAAGAGCUUCAAAGGCAUGGACGACGAGAAGGAAAAAGAGGUUGGACACUUUGUGAGCCGCCCAACCCGUCAAGAGCACCCCCGUCAAGAGCACACCGUCAAGAGCACACCGUCAAGAGCACACCGUCAAGAGCACACCGUCAAGAGCACACCGUCAAGAGCACACCGUCAAGAGCACACCGUCAAGAGCACACCGUCAAGAGCACACCGUCAAGAGCACACCGUCAAGAGCACACCGUCAAGAGCACACCGUCAAGAGCACACCGUCAAGAGCACACCGUCAAGAGCACACCGUCAAGAGCACACCGUCAAGAGCACACCGUCAAGAGCACACCGUCAAGAGCACACCGUCAAGAGCACACCGUCAAGAGCACACCGUCAAGAGCACACCGUCAAGAGCACACCGUCAAGAGCACCCCGUCAAGAGCACCCCGUCAAGAGCACCCCGUCAAGAGCACCCCGUCAAGAGCACCCCGUCAAGAGCACACCGUCAAGAGCACACCGUCAAGAGCACACCGUCAAGAGCACACCGUCAAGAGCACACCGUCAAGAGCACACCGUCAAGAGCACACCGUCAAGAGCACACCGUCAAGAGCACACCGUCAAGAGCACACCGUCAAGAGCACACCGUCAAGAGCACACCGUCAAGAGCACACCGUCAAGAGCACCCCGUCAAGAGCACCCCGUCAAGAGCACCCCGUCAAGAGCACCCCGUCAAGAGCACCCCGUCAAGAGCACACCGUCAAGAGCACACUGUCAAGAGCACACCGUCAAGAGCACACCGUCAAGAGCACACCGUCAAGAGCACACCGUCAAGAGCACCCCGUCAAGAGCACCCCGUCAAGAGCACCCCGUCAAGAGCACCCCGUCAAGAGCACCCCGUCAAGAGCACACCGUCAAGAGCACACCGUCAAGAGCACACCGUCAAGAGCACACCGUCAAGAGCACACCGUCAAGAGCACACCGUCAAGAGCACACCGUCAAGAGCACACCGUCAAGAGCACACCGUCAAGAGCACACCGUCAAGAGCACACCGUCAAGAGCACACCGUCAAGAGCACACCGUCAAGAGCACACCGUCAAGAGCACCCCGUCAAGAGCACCCCGUCAAGAGCACCCCGUCAAGAGCACCCCGUCAAGAGCACCCCGUCAAGAGCACACCGUCAAGAGCACACCGUCAAGAGCACACCGUCAAGAGCACACCGUCAAGAGCACACCGUCAAGAGCACACCGUCAAGAGCACACCGUUUUGCGGCUUGCCAUCUUGA